GACUCCCAGCAAUCUAUGAGGGUAAAAGGCCAUCGGGAAAUGCUCAGACGUCGCGGCAAGAUGACGUCAAUGUGAGAUCGGUCUAUUCCCGUACAUGUCCGCUACCUGCUCACGUGACCGGGCUGUGCGCUGAGCCGUUCCUGUGUGUAUUCGGGUGAUGAGGAGGAGGGGAGGACAGGCGGCGGCCGCACGAUGAUCCGGAGAGCGAGGCUCAGCUUCAAACCCAAUGUGAGGCCGGGGGGCCGGACUGUGGGGAGCGGGGCCCGGGAUGGAGGGUCCCAGCCGGAGGAGCCUGUACAGGCCGGGGAGGCGACAGCAGGCCCGGAGGAGAAGUCCGUUGGUGGUGAUGCCCCGGCAGAGAGGAGCCCUGACAUACCUGAAACGACUGCUGCAACCGUCAGUGAAAAUGAACCAAGCAAGCCAGCUGCUGCACCUCUUCAAAGGAGAAAAAGAAUCUCCACUUUGCCUAACAUUGCAAAACCACGAGUUUCCACUUCCGCUCCCGUUGCCCCUUCUCAGAAACCUCUGCAAGUGGAAAGCCCCCCAAGUUUACCUGUCAGUAGUGUCCCAUGUAAGGAUGAAGUGUCUCCACCUGAGAAGGCCAAGGUACCAAACUCCCCACAAGGUUCUAACAGUGCACCUCAGGGACAACACGUGACGCUCCCGGAAAAGAGAACUCCAAUUCCUCAGGUUCCCCAAUUUUCUCCAUUCAAGAAAGCGUCCCUUAAACACUCUGAGCUGAGUCCUGUAAAAAGUGUGGAAUUUACACAGAAGGAAGAGUUCACUCCUCUCAAAGAGAGGCCCUCCCAGAAAUCGUCUCCCAACGAAUGUAAAAAAAGUCCACCUAAAAUGCUUGUUGCUACUGGUAACCUGGAGAAAGUACGCCUUCGAAGAGCCCAAAAAUUACGAGAAUUGCUUAAAGAUGAAAUAAAGAAGGAGAGAAAAGAAUGGAAGUCAAAGCAUCCAGUUAUAAGCAACAUAGGAGAGCUAGAACGAUCCAAGAUGGUGAUGAGAGAUUUCAUAUACUUCAUUCCUGAAAGUAACCCUAUGAAGUCUUCCUUUGCAGAGACAAAAAGUAGUGAAAAAGCUCCUACAGAAUCUCAGCUCAGUGGGACACCAGUAAAAAACAUUAGUAAUGAUGAGGAUGAUGACAUGGAUGAAGAAGAGGACGAUAGCCAGUUACUGGCACCUCGUGUGAAAGUGGCAGAGGACGGCUCCAUUAUUCUUGAUGAGGAAAGUUUAACUGUGGAAGUAAGCAGAGGUAAAGCUCCAAUAGUGGAAGGGAAUGAUCCAAUAUUCGAACGAGGCUCUACAACUACGUACUCUAGUUUCCGAAAGAGCAACUACUCUAAACCAUGGUCUGAGGAAGAAACUGAUAUGUUCUAUUUGGCAAUAAGUAUGGUGGGAACAGACUUUUCAAUGAUUGGUCAGCUUUUCCCUCAUAGACAGAGGAUUGAGAUCAAGAACAAGUUCAAGAGGGAAGAGCGAACAAAUAGUUGGAGAAUAGAUAAAGCAUUUAAAGAGAAGAAGGCUUUUGACUUAGUAUUUUUUAGUAAGCGUCUUGAAAGAGCUCUUGAGGCAGCAAAGAAAAGACGAACCGCACCAAAAGUCAGGCAGCCACGUGAGAAAAAGCCCACAAAGCCACGCAAGAAACCUAAAGAUAAAGCUUCAGCAGAACAUGUUGGUGUUGAGGAGAUGGCUUUGCUGUCCGAUGGUGAAGGAGCUGAUACCAGGACAGAAGAGAAAGAGAAUGAAGGCUCUGUGAGUGUUAAGGAAAGCUUGUUACCAUCAGACAAUGUCCCUGGGAAGAAGAGGAGGAACCGAAAGAAAAAAGACACUAAAGAGCCAGAAGAGGAACCACACGAGUCUUCACCUGAAGAUACCACCAAAUUGCCAAAGAAGCCAAGGAAAAAAAAAGCUGCUGGCCAAGUUAAAGAUUCAGAGCUAGCAGUGAACGACAAGAACCUUGAAGAUGUUCAGGAAGCUCCAGACACCGUGCGAGAGAAGAAGAAGAAGAAGAAAAAAUCACGGAAAAAAAAGUCUACCGAUAAAGAAGUGGAACCAGAAGACACUGAAGUUGGUGACGUUGAUGUGCCAAGUCCUCGGAAGGAUGCAGUUGAUGAAAAAUCUACUGAUUUCCCUGUAGAUGGUGGUGGUGGUGAUGAUGAUGAUGAUGAUGACUCGCUGUUGUGUAUCGAAUGCGGAGAACCUAGCUUCACACAAUCAGAGAUUCUUGCAUGUGCAGAAGAGUCCUCACUGAUUCUGUUUACUGAAGACGGCGAGUGCUUUUCAGGGCCUGAUGACAUAUCCAGUUUACAGGAAAGUUUGAGUGUCAUGCCCGGCUCACAGACAGUGUCGGAUGAAUAUGGCUACUUUGACAAUGUUCUGAUGGAGACCAUGGAGACCAGUCAAGAGGAUUCUGUCUUUGAAACUAGUCACUUGACUUCUGACAGUUUUAAAGAAGCACCUCUUGAAGACCUGGCUGAGGAUAAUCACACAGGGACUGAGGCUGAAGGAUCUACUGAGUCACAGAAAGAAUUGUCUAGACCUGCAGCUCUCGCAAUAAGUAGAUUCCAGAGGCCACGACCGAACCUACCAACGCGGGCAUUGCCCAGACAGGAGAAAGUUUUGAUAUCAGAGAGCGAGGAUAUUACUGAGGAAAGAAAUGAUCUUCCUGCUGAUAAUUCUUCAUUGCAGAGCCAUCUGAAGGACAAAAAUCUUGAAAGUGGAGAAUCUGAGUUCUCAAUAACGGCAUCUACCAGAAAUGAUGACAUUCCUUGUCCUGUCGAGACAAAUUCUUCCUUGGAAUCGCCCCAGCUUCAGCCAGGAGACUCUGAUAUUCCAACAAAAUGUGCUGCUGAAAAGGAAGAUCUAAAGAAAGAGAAACCUCUGCCAAUUAGAGGACGUUUGGUAAGGCCAAAACCUAACCUGAAUAAAGCUCCAGUGAAGGAUAAAACACAUUCUCCUGACCUGAGAUCUCCUCCUAAAUCUGAUUCCCAGGACUCUGAAGAAAUUUCAACGGUACCCUGCACCACUGUCCUGACUACUUUAUCCAAUAAUGAAAAAAACACUCUCACCAAGGAAAGAGCUGAAUCCUCUACUAGCUCCCAGGAACUGAGUACAAAAUCUACCAUAAAACCUGCACCAUUUGUUAGUGGAUACUUACAAAGACCAAAGCCCAAUACUACGAAGACGUCUAGGAAAGAAAAGAAUGAAGACAUGGAAGGCCCAGAGAAAAGUGAUCAAGUUUCAUCUGAAGAUGCCACAGGAGUCACAGGCAGUGAAGCCAUUUGCAGUCCAAAUGACGCUGUGCUUAAAAACCGUGAAGAACAAGAAGAAAUGUCUACACACAAGGACACAUGCCUUGAUUUUGCCACUGUCCAAGAUUCUUGUAUUCCAAUUAAAGAAGCUCUCUCCACAUCUUUGAGCCCUGUGCAGGAAAUCGUCCCAGAACCUGAUCCUGCAUUAAGCUCUGUGUUGGAGUCUAAGGCCGAGAGUAAAACUUCUCCCAUUAAACUACCUCAAGGACAGCUUCAAACUCUGAAGCCUAAUGUUCUGGAAUCAUGUGACCAUAAAGGAAUAUCUGGGCUGAGAUUAGAAGACGAUACUGAUCUUACUCCUGAGGAUACUGGACAGGAUGUGAAAGGCAAGAGAGAUGACCUUUCUGACCUGGGAAAACCCACAGAUUUUAGGAAGGAAGCCUCCACUUCAGAUGAAAGUUCUGGGCACCAGGAGAAUCACAGGAAGCCUACAGAAAUGGAUCAGGUUCUACAAAUAAAUCCAAAACCUGAAGUUGGUCCAAAAGUGUCAGAGGAAGUGCAGCAACCUGCAAAACCUACAGUUCUAACAAGAGGACGAUUACAGAGACCAAAGCCAAACAUUGUCCGGGCAUUGCCUAGGCGAGGUGUCCUGACUUCUUCUGAUGAUUCUAGGAAUAAAUCUGAAGUUGAAUCUGUUGAGAAGGCCCCUGAAUCCAAUCAGCCAACCACAAGUUGUGAAUCGGAAAAAGCUCCCAUCUUGGCAAAGGCUGCUACAGAAGACACGCCUUCCCCAGUAGAGAUUGUUCAUUCACGUGUCUUUUCACUGGAGACCAUUGGCCUGCCUGGCGCAGACCAGAUUGAGGAUGAGAAGUCUCCCUCAGUGUCUUUGGAUGACUCGGCUUCUGUUGGAAUGAAAAAAGAAUUCAGUGGCUCUGAAGAUGAGAAAAAAGCCGCACCAACCAAACCAACUUUGACACGGAGUCGAUUGAUAAGACCAAAGCCAAACCUAGGCGUUUCCGUUGCACGUACCUCAGUAUCUGUUCCUCAGAAGUGUGAUGUACCUGAAGAAGGGAAAAGUGGAAAACACGAUGUCAAUACUUCAUCCAUGAAAAAUUUGUCGCAGUGUGACGCAGGAAAAAAAUCUGUACUUGCAAAUACUGAUACAGAAGACGCUGACUCCCCCGAAGAGAUCACUCAGUCAUAUAUCCUUCCACUGGAGACCAUUAGUCUGCCUUGUGUGGAUCAGAUGGAUAGUGAGGAGUCUUCUGCUGUGCCCAUGGAUAAUUCCUCUCAUGUCACGAUUAAAAACAAUGUAAGUACCUCUGAAGAUGAGAGAAUGGUAGAACCAUCACCAGGUUUGACAAGGAGUAGAUUGCAGAGACCAAAGCCGAACUUGGGUCGAUCAGUUACACAUCCAGUCUUAUCCACUCCACAGAAGUGUGAUGUUCAUAAAGAAAGGAAAACCACAAGUGACAGUUUUGAUACUUCAUCCAUAGAAAAAACACAGAAACAGAAUGUGAACUUGUCUCAAGAAUCUUGUCCAGCAGAAAGCUACGGUCUCAAGCUUGGCACAGAAGAAAUCCAGGGUGGUGCUGUAGAGGGGUCUGUGCAGAUUGAACAAUCCUCAUGUACUGGAGAGCAAGUUAAAGAGCCUUCUGUAAAACCUCUUCGAAACAGAUUUCAGAAACCAAAGCCCAACCUGGGACGAGCAUCUGUGAGGAAAGAGUCAGCAGCUUUUUCUCCUGAACAGAAAGAAGUCGGCUUUGAUUCUUCCAGCAAAAGACCAGAACAUCUUGCAGAUAAAGAGGGAUCAAGUUCAGUCUCCACCAACAAUGAUGCAAGUGGUAAUAGUGUGCAAUCCACACAACAUACAACUAUAAAACCAGCACUGCUGAGACGUGGCAGGCUUGUAAGACCAGUGCCAAGCUAUGGAAAGCCAUCUAACAAGAGGCUGAGUGUACUGCAAAGCAAGACAGUCGAUGAAGAGGAGACUUCUACAGAUACAGAUUUGGAGACAUUGUCCAACAAGAGAAAAGCCUCUGAGUGUUUUCCUGAUGUGUCCCCCAAGAGAAGCUGUAUUCCUGACACCUCUCAAAAUUCAUCAGAUUCUGCAUUAGAUCAAGUCCCCUCAACCUGUGCCCUUCCAGAUAGUAGUCAAUCUAAUGAUCCGCUGGAAGACAAUAAACAACAUUCAAGAUUUGGCCGACUUCUGAAAAGACCAGUAUCCACAACACCUCCCGUGCUGACCAAACCAUCUGAAAAUGUAACUGAACGCCCAGAGAAGAAGACAUCUAGAAAUAAUAAAUCUGUCAAAAGUACAGUGGCCAAACCAAUGUCCAGUAAAGGGAAGACAACUCUAGUGAAGAUCAGGGCUAUGAAGGAAGAUGAUGAUGAAGAUGAUGAAUUGGAAUAUGAAGAUGAGGAUUAUGAUGUCUCUCCCGAUAAGCUGAGUCAGGCCCCAGUCUUUGUCCCCUUCAGCCUAAGAUCACCAAAACCUAUUCCUGCUGAGAUUGAAGAGACUUUGGAAGAGUUUGAAAUACCAGUGGAAGAUUUAGGUUUUCCAAUCGGCACUGCUCAAAACCUGAGAUCUCCAUGUCCAACGCUACAGGAUGUGCCCCAACAUGUCCCAGCGUCUCAGGCAGACCCUGGUAAUAAAGGUCAUUGUGAUGGGAGUACUGAAGCGGCCAUGACAUUGAUUUCAAUUGGAAAUUCCGCCUUUCAGUCUAAAUUGGGAGAGCCUCUGGAUUCUGAUGAAAUCACUGGGAGCCAGCUGUCCCACAAUGCUGAUUGUAAACCCGAAGCCUCAACUUUGUCGGUAAAGAUGACUUGUGCAACUGAAAAGGACACUACAAUAAAUGCAAGGCCAGUGAAAGUUUGCCAGGAUACCCUUGGAUUACAAGUAGGAAGUGAAGCCUUAUCUGUAUCUGCAAAUGAACAUAGAAGUGAUCCAGUCAUUUCAGAUCUUCAUACAUCUGAGCAACCUUCUCAUCUUCUAAAUGUCAAUGUAACCCUCCCAUUGGAGCAGAUGAGCGAUCCCAUUGUACAAGACGAUGUGCAGCAGCAAGAUUGUAGCACAUCGGACCAUUUACUUGAAGAAGGAGCGGGAGAAGAGACAUUUAUUCUGACUCUGGUUGAAAUUCCGAUUAGUGAAGGGUAUUCCUAUUCAUGUGAUGGGAAUUCCUAUUCAUGUGAUGGGAGUUCCGUAGAUGUUCUUCCUGCACCUGUGUUGAUCACCUCGGGCUCAUCCCAAAUGGUAACUCCAGAUCAUAGAGCUGCUGCCGUGUCAGAGCCAUCAUCUUCUGUGUCCUGUCCGUCUGGACAGGAAGAGGCGAAGUUAGAACAGAAUCCUCCUUCUAGAAAGAGAGGUGCCAGUAUUUCAAGUGAAAGUGACAAGUCACAACCUUGCAUAAAGGCUUUGCGUACCAGUGCUGAGCAGGGAGAGGACCACACAACCAACACCUCAGCAGCCGUUGAAGAAAAUGGAACCAGCAGUAGGCUUGCUGAGAUGAAGACUGAGGAGACGGAGUUACCCCAUCAGAGCUCUAUGGAUAUAGCCGUAUCCUCCCCAGAGGGAGAAAAGGUGCCGGAAUGUACAAUUGACAGUACAAGAUUUGACACCGUGGCACAUAUAGAGAAUCUUGCCUCUACCAGUUAUGAUUCACCAAGUAGCGUUUUACCUUCAUCAUCUUCUAGAAUACAACAAAGGCCCGGAAGAAAACCGCUUGGCUUUUUACCUUUGGUCUGCAAAGGAAAGCCGUCUCAAAAAACAAAAGUGACCAGUAAGAAAACUUCUUUAAAACCAAAGUCUAAAAAGGCCAAAGUCCAUGAAAAUUCUCUGAGCAAUGAAGUGUUUUGUCAGUCUUCAUCUUCUGCUGUAACAUCAACUCCAGCAAAUACAGAGACCAUUCCCUGUACUAGUCAAAUUUCUGAGGAUCCGGACACCAUAUCUCAGGAGUCCCCCAAAUCACAGGAGCUUGCCACAGAAGAAGAUGCUGCUACAGUGUCAGAGUACUUUUUCAGUGAUAUUUUCAUGGAAGUGGACGAAUAAUGGAGCGAAUAAAUGUUUCCUCAAAUUUUUUUUUACUACUGCACACAAUGCCAUUAUUUUUAUUUUUGUAUAUAAUAUAGCUUUAUGUGCCUUGUUACUAUUGUACAUUUUACAUAGAAAAAAAAUGCAUUAAUUCUAGAUGAAACAAAAACCUCUUUUUAUAACUUUUGUGUAUAGUCCAAGAAUGUGAAAAACUUCUAUUUAUUUAUUUAAAGUUAAAUUAUUGGCUCCUUCUGAGCUGUAGGUUUCUAUAUGUUGCUGUGCAAUGGAUCGCAGAACACCAGUACUAUGGAUUUCUAUGGAGUCAACCUGGAUAUUGUAAAGUGAUUUCCGUUUUUGUUUUACAGUUAGCUGCCUGUGGUUUCUCUCGUAUAGUUUUCCUGAAUAUAUAUUUUUUUUUUUCUAAAUGUGUCCCCCACUUCACUCUUCUUAGGCAUCAAAAGGGGGAGCUUGUUAGGUAUUUCAGACACAUGCUAAGCACUUCCCAAGUUCCCACACACCAGGCCCUGGUUCCUCCAGCAGCCUUUAUACCCUGCGUUCUCACUAAGACAAUGUUUGUUGACUGUUGGUGGAGCGCGGUCUAUCUACAGACUUUUUGCCUCCAGCACCUUUAGAUUAUGUGGAAUAAUUAACACUUGUAACUAGUAUUUCUUAUCAGUUUUGGUUAGAUAAAUACUCCGUUUGCCAAUCUUUAUGGUGAUCUAUCCAACAUUCUCUGUAGAUGGCAAGAAGCAGUCUCGUAUACACAAACUUUCACUAUAGUAUCGCUUUUGUAAUUACCGUAACCUAUUUACUAAGCGACUGGACCCCUCUUAAAAAUUCUAGCUGCCUGGCUGUUAUGCUAAACCUUUAGCAUCAAAACAUUUGCUCACUGCAAUGGAAUAAGUAUUCACAUUGGGGGGGAAUUAUAGAUAACCUUAUAAGCGUACUUUUUGGUUAGUGGUUUAACAUAUGAACUCAAAAGGCUACGCAUGCCAACCAGGAAGCUAGUGUUUUCAGGAGGCGAGUCCAGCUAUGGCAGCCUCUGUUUAUUUUUUAAAAAAAGUUUCAUUUUAAUUGCUAAAGAACAAUAGGAUUAUGGGAAGGAAAAACUGUAGAAGAGCACAAACUGGCUAUUUAAGUUUAGCACUUAUGGACGUAUAAAGCAUUUUACCACCAAGGCUGACGGCCUUCAGAUGCUGACAGUGAUUUGCUAAGAUCUGCAGAGGUAUCAUUGUUUUCACUAUUAAGCUGUCAGAUUGGAUACAACAGUAUAGCAAACUAUGACUGAAGAUUCUUGCCAGUUAUGAAAUCCUAUAGCAUAAGGAUUGUUGCUGGAACUUGAAUGUCACCUCUGCUACAAUUUUAACCACAAGACUUAACAGUUCAUGCUGACCUCCCAUCUUGCCUUCAGUCUUGCACAGUAUGCAUUAGAAGCUGCAGAAAGUCCAAAACCUACCUCAUUUCUUGGUUAGAGGCCUACCCCUUUUAUUAAUUCGAAUUCAGUUCUGUCAAUCUUGUACGCUCAGUAUUAUAUGUGGGCAUUAUCUAGAACAGUCUGCAUGCAAGUGCAAUUUGCCUAGAAGCUCCCAAUGCUCCAGACUGGAAUACACCCCAUGGAGGCAUUCUAAUUAUCCUCCUAACCUACUGCUUGCAUCAGGACUGAGGCCCCGUACACACGUCUGAGGAACUCGACGUGCCAAACACAUCGAGUUCCUCGUCGAG